GCCACACUUGAGCUCUCCUGUCCUAUCCUAGCUCACCAAGCUCCAGUGGUGUCCCUUUCUUCCCAAUCAUGUCGAUGAUAAAUAUGUCCAGGGACCCAUUGGUCGUUGGCCACAUCGUUGGGGAUAUUGUGGACCCUUUCAUGACUACUGCGUCAUUGAGGAUCUUCUUCAACAACAAGGAGCUGACAAACGGGUCUGAGCUCAAGCCAUCUCAAGUGUUCAACGUUCCAAGAGUUUAUAUUGGCGGGCGAGAUAUGAGGAAUCUGUACACGCUUGUGAUGGUGGACCCUGAUGCACCAAGCCCCAGCAACCCUACUAAAAGAGAGAACCUUCAUUGGUUGGUAACAGACAUUCCAGAGACUACUGAUGCAAGUUUUGGAAAUGAAAUAGUCCCCUAUGAGAGCCCACGUCCAACUGCAGGAAUCCAUCGUUUCGUUUUCAUCCUGUUUAGGCAGUCAGUCAGGCAGACCACUUAUGCACCAGGGUGGAGAGCAAACUUCUGCACAAGGGACUUCGCAGCGAUCUACAAUCUCGGAUCGCCUGUCGCUGGGAUGUACUUCAACUGCCAAAGAGAGAAUGGCUGUGGUGGUAGAAGGUACAUUAGGUAAUAUAUAGUUGGGCGCAACCUUACCUCCUAUAUAUAUAUAGCUUAUAUAUAGUUGU